AUGGUGAAAAUGAUGAAUGUUAUUGUGGCUGUAAUGACUUUAUGUUUGAUGCUAUCAACAUUUUCUACAGGCCAAAUUGAUGAGAUCACAUGCGAUGAGGCUAUAUCGUUAUUGCAACCUUGUAAACCAUAUUUGGUUGGUUCUGCAGAAAUAUCAGGUCAGUGUUGUGAAGGAGCAAACACUGUUUUUCUAAGGGCAAGCACCACUCAAAAUCGAAGGGAUGUGUGCAAUUGCCUUAAGAUCGCUGCUUCCAAAAAUGGCGUCAAGCCUGACAGAGCAAAACAACUCCCUCAACUUUGUAAAAUUGAUCUUCCAGUUCCUGUUGUACCAUCAAUCGAUUGCAACACGGUUCCAUGA